AUGAGGAAAUAUACUAUUCCUGACCAAGUUAUGGAAGCCGAGAUCAAGCUUUGUGCGUGGGCUGUUGAAAACAACAUUUCUUUUUCGGCAGUUGACAGUUUAGUUGAGGUUCUGAAAACUAUUGAUCCUGAUUCAUCAGUGCUAUCGAAACUCAAACUGGGACGAACGAAGGCCGGAGCUGUCGUAACUGGCGUUAUGGCAGAAAUACAACAUGAAGAACUUGUAAGGAAGAUGCAGCAGGACAACUUUUCUAUAAUGAUAGAUGAAUCAACGGAUCUAAGUACAGCAAAGACCCUGGCCAUCGUUGUUAGAAUUUUGGACGAUAAUGGUUCAGACUUAUUCAAGGUGAGUGACCAGAUAUAUAGAGUUGUUGAGCUGAAAGUCUCUGACCACAAAUCGGUGUAUAAUGCAAUCGUAGAAGAGUUUGUCAAGGAUGGCAUAGACUAUAAAAAAAACCUCAAAGGCUUUGCAUCUGACGGUGCAUCAGUAAUGAUGGGCUUGGAAAAUUCCGUAAUGCGGCUCCUUAAAAAAGACUGCCCGGACUUAAUAGUUAUUAAAUGUACGUGUCAUUCUUUGGCAUUAAGCGCAAGUUAUGCUUGCAAAAAAAUGCCCCCUUACCUUGAGCAGUUGCUUCGUGACAUUUACAGUUAUGUGUCCCAUAGUCCUAAGCGUUUAUCGGAGUUUAAAACCAUUCAAGAUAUUGUUGAACUGAAGCCAUUGAGAAUGCUCCACCCAUCUCAAACAAGAUGGCUUUCUUUAGAAGCAGUUGUAAAGCGAAUUUUGGAACGGUUUUCGGAAUUGAAAAUCUUUUUUUCAUUCCAAUACAACUUUGACAAGAAUACAACGGCGCAUCGCAUUCUGACCCAUCUGAACGAUCCAAUGACAAAGCCCCUUCUCGAGUUUUUGGCUUAUGUUUUACCAUUGGUAAAUAAAUUGAAUAGAAAAUUCCAAUCUGAAUCGCCAGAAUUUACCAGCAUUUAUAUUGAGAUGAAAACUUUCUACUUACUGCUCCUCAACAAUAUCUGCGGCGAAUUAUUUCUGAAAAAUCUUAAGAAUAUUAACGCACCAGAUUUUGAAGAAAACGUACUGCCCAAAGACAAAAUCUACGUGGGGUUAGCUGCUGAAGAAUCGAUCUCGGCUGGUGGAGGAAUGGACGAAGGUCGGAAACAAACUUUUCGAGAGAUUUGCUGUGAAUUCUACAAGGAGCUUAUUAAACAAAUAAGAAAACGGUUUAACUUUGACGAUCCAAUGUUCAAAGUAUCGGCAAUCAUGAAUCCCGUAAAUUUGGAAGAACAUCAGGAUCUGAGUCCGGUCUUAGAACAAUUUAAGAAUUUCUAUAACGAGGAUGACAAGCAAGACCUUGAAAACGAAUUUCGGGAACUGCGAUUAAAAAUAAUAUGCCAGGAGUUAAAGGUCGACAAAACCCUAGGAGUAGAAAAAUCAUGGAAUCAGCUAUUGAACACUGUUAGCGCAAAUGGAAAAUGUUCCUUCCCUUUGCUUCGCAAAUUAGUGUUCAAUUUUCUCAUCAUUCCUCAUUCUUCGGCGUCGGUUGAAAGAAUCUUCUCACAGUAUAAUGCGAAUAAAACAAAGGUAAGAAAUCGUCUUGCCACAGAUACUAUGGACGCAAUUCUGAAAACCAAAUCGUUCGUUAAAACCCAGGGCGGAAGUAGUUCAAUGCAACUGUCUAAAGCAAUGAAAUCGAAAUUCACCAAGUCAAUGUACAAACACCAUGAUAAAAUUGAUAUUUAA